GCAGCAUUUCUUAGAGAGGAGCCAGGAGGAGUAUUACAGAGCCUGCCUGGGAGACACAGCACACCUAAUCCAGCCGCCUGGGAGGGAGAGGGAGAUCUCAAGACAACGUAAAGGAAGGAGGAGGCGAUUUUUCAGCCCCUCAAGCUUAUACACACUUCCCCACGUUACCAACCACACACACAAGCUUUUCCUCAGACACACCAGACCAUGGCAGGUGGCCUCUGCCCAGAACAGUAGCUGUGGUAGGAGCCAUCUUAACUGACUCACUGAGGUUUUGAGCUGAGGUUUGGAUCCUCCCUGACUGUUCGAGCGUGAGCGGAGUUGGGAGCGAGAGCUUCACUUUCUUCCCCAGUGCAGAGAGACAGCACGCCAGGCACGAGGCUUCCCACUCCUCCCCUCUCCCACUCUGCCUUUUCCUGGGCUCCUGUCCAGAGAAUGACUGGCUCCAGUGGACCCAAGAGGAGGAACACUGCCUGAGGAUACAGUACAGCAGCUUCAGCCCUGCCUGCCUGCCUGCCUGCCUGCCUGCCUACUGGGACAGACAAAUGCACUGAGGUUUUACAAAUCAGCAGCUCCUUCACCUUUGUGGGAUUCACAGACUUUAUUUAUUAAUUUUUUUCUUCUGUCAUCAGAUCAGAAAGACUGGACCUGAGCUGGGCAUACAGACAGACAAACAAACAGACGGACUGACAUAUGGACAGAGAGCAGUGGGCACUGCGGCGUGAAUGUAGCAACUGGACUUCUCCUCUCCCUGGUUACUAAGACCAAACAAGGAUAAUAGCCAGAGCACUAUCCUGUCCACUGAGGUAGUGGGUGGAUGCAGCAUUCAGCAGACUGCUAUAGGGGAAAGCAGUGACUGUAUAGAACCUGCAGAGAUACAUCUAGAUGAUCAACACUGUGGUAAUAAUCAGGAAAAAGGACUGUUACCUCCGAGCAGACUUUUGUCAGAUUGUUAUGUCUGAGACUGUCUCUUAUUAAACAUUGUUUGCAGGGACUUGCAGGAGCAAAUUAUUAUCUUUCUUUUCAUGGACUUUGCUGCAAGUGUUGAGUGGACCUCUUCCAGGAUUUCUGUGUUGAUGAACGUGGAGUGUGUGUUUCAAUGAGGAUGGCAAAGUGCAUAAGGACUGUGUAUCUGACACUGAUGCUGCUGUAUCUUGUUCUGCUGGGAACGGCUCACGUAGCCCACAGCGUCUACCCGAGGAUACGGCUCUCCCACAAAGAGCUUUGGCAGCUGAACAGGACAUGGGUGUUCCAGGGACAUGGAGCGUCCCUUCAGCCCCAGACCAUGCUGCUGGAUGAGGGCCAUGAGAGGCUUUAUGUUGGGGCCAAGAAUACUCUGUUCUCACUUAGCCUGGACCGGGUUAAUGUACACCAGAAAGAGAUCCAGUGGGCCAGCACAGAAUCUCAGAUAGAAGAGUGUUUGAUGAAGGGGAGGGAAAAGGCGGAGUGUGCAAACUACAUCAAGGUCUUGCAACAGUACAACCAAACCCAUUUGCUAGCCUGUGGAACAGGGGCCUUUAACCCUGUUUGUGCCCUGGUCAGAGUGGGACACACAGGGAAGGACAGGCAGUUUGUUCUUGAAGGAGACAGUAUAAUGAGUGGCAGAGGACGCUGUCCAUACGAUCCCAACAGUCCCUGCACGUCUACGCUCUCCAGAGGACAGCUGUACAUUGGCCUAUACACAGACUACUGGGAGAAUGAUGGUGCUUUGUGUCGACUCAACAGCCAGACCUACACGCGCACUGAGAGAGACGACAGACAGCAACUCAAUGAACCCAAAUUUGUGGGAUCAGCAGUUAUUCCUGACAAUGAUGACACAGAUGAUGAUAAAGUUUACUUCUUCUUCACUGAGCGAGAGACGGAUGCUGAGGGAGGGAACAAAGCUGUAUAUACUCGCGUUGGCCGAGUCUGUGCGAAUGACCAAGGAGGACAGAGAAUGCUGGUGAAUAGAUGGAGCUCUUACCUGAAAACCCGUCUUAUCUGCUCUGUGGCUGGACCAAAUGGCAUUGAUACACACUUUGAUGAUCUCGAGGAUGUAUUUGUGCUCAAGAACAAGGAUGGAAAAAACCCAGAAAUCUUUGGCCUCUUUAGCACAACAAGUGCUGUGUUCAAAGGCUAUGCAGUGUGUGUGUAUCACAUGGAGGAUAUCAGAGCAGCCUUUAAUGAUCAGUUUGCCUAUCGAGAGAGACCUGAGCAUCACUGGACACCUUACGAGGAUAGAGUCCCAUACCCUCGACCUGGAUCUUGUGCCAGUAAAGUAAACGGAGGAGGCUUCUCCAGCUCUAAGGAGUUUCCUGAUGAGGUUUUGCGGUUUGUGCGUGCUCAUCCUGUGAUGUAUCGUCCAGUCCUUCCCCAGCAUCGUAGACCUGUCCUGCUGCAAACAGAGCCAGGCAAGAGGAAGUUGACCCAAAUCGCUGUGGACAGAGUCCAAGCCCAGGAUGGACACUACCAUGUUCUCUACAUCGGCACUGAUGACUCAGUGGUGUUGAAAGUUAUCACCAUCUACAACAAAGACACAGACACUAUGGAGGAGGUGCUGCUGGAAGAGCUGCAAGUAUUCAAGGUUCCAGCCCCAAUAAGAGAGAUCAUAAUAUCACCUAAACGGCAACAACUGUAUGUGGGGUCUGAAGUGGGUGUGGCCCAGGUCAGACUGCAUCAAUGUGACCUCUAUGGUUCAGAAUGUGCUGAUUGUUGUCUGGCCAGAGACCCUUAUUGUGCCUGGGAUGGUCUCACCUGCUCCAGAUACUACCCUGCUGGAGUCUACACCAAGAGCAGACGAUUCAGGCGGCAGGAUGUUCGCCAUGGCAACGCCGUCCAGCUGUGCAAUGGGCUGCAAAUUGAUGAUGAACAAUGGCACAGAGCUGAUGAGAAGCUGGUUUAUGGUGUGGAGAGCAACAGCACUUUACUCGAGUGUGUCCCUCGAUCACUUCAAGCCAAGGUCCUCUGGUUCUUACAGAAAGGAGGAGAGAAACAUGAGGUUCAAGGAGAUGAACGGGUUAUCAUGACCUCCCACGGGCUGCUGUUUUUACGAGUGAGAAGCUCUGAUGCUGGUGUGUACGUGUGUCAGACUGUGGAACAUGGAUACGUGCACACAUUAUUACGUAUAUCUCUGCACGUGCUUAGAGGGGAGAGGGUGGAGUCAGCAAUCCACAGGGCUAAUGAUGGUGAGCCAGGGAAAGCUACAGCUCCUUGCCACUCCUCCAUGGGCCCCCAACCAGGCCCCAGCAUCAGCCCCAGGGUUCUUGGGGCAUCUGCAGUCCUAGGUCCCCAUUCCAGGGUGUGGUACAAGGAUUUUCUCCAGUUGAUUGGCUACGGGGACGCUCAGAGAGUAGAAGAGUACUGUGAGAGAGUGUGGUGCUCAGAUAAAAAACGUAAAAAGACCAAAAGGAAGUAUGUUCCUCUCGGUGGUGAGAAGAGGGGGAAAGGGAGAGCAGAGGAGAACUCCCACCGAGCGCCCAGGCACACCUUGGACACCUGAGGAGAACAGAAACUGACUCCACGCACUCAUACACACACACCCUCACACACAUACAUCGUCUAAAGGUCAGGCUCACUCAGUGUUUGCACCAUGUAAAAGGUUUUCACUGCUUUCAACAAGAGUAAAGUAACAGGAAAAACAACAGUAGCAGGUUGUCUAGCUUCUGUAGCUACAUUUAUCACUCAGAAGUGCGACUGUGAUGUUAUUUUAAGAAGCAACAUUUCAACUUUUGGUGUGAUGUAAACCGAUUAUCUGGUGCAGAUCCUGGGUAAAUACUUUGAAUGUCAGUGUCAAUACAGAGCAGAAGCCCAGAGAGGAGAGGAAUGACUAAUUAAGCGGCGUUGCUUCUGAUCUGAAGAGACAGAAAACAAUUUAUCAGCUCCUGUGGACUGACCCAGCCCGAUCCAGCUGUCAAUCCAAACGCACACGGAGACUGCUACACAAAACCUCUGCUCCACCUCUCAUUCAGUGGCUCAAUAUGACAAACUCUUGCUGUAUCUAUUAUGAGAGAAAACAACUAUGUAAAAGGUAACGGCCUUGUCAUCUUCUUUUAUUUGGUACUAUGCUAACUUAUUUUCUUGGUCUCUACUUUGCUUUCUUUAGUUGUUUAGAUGUUGUAAACUGGAAAAUAUAGUGCUGUUGUUUUUGUACAGUGAAAAUGCUUUGAGCUUUAUAAUACUGCUAAUUUGAUUAUAAUGUGUAUGUGGCUACAGUGCCACUAUGCAUACAGUAAGAUGUUGCAGUGCCACUACUAUGAGUAUCUGAGGCAUGUUUUAGUUAUAACUAUGCCUUUAAUUCAAAUAAAUACUAUUUAAGCACUUGUAAAAAUCUGUUACAGUACAUGAAAAGUGACCCGAUCAGUGGAUACUACUAUUACUAUUAUUAUUAUUAAGUGUCUACAUUUAUUUCAUCAUCAUCAACAAUUGUGAUCAAAUGUACCAGCAGUAUUGUGCGUAUUGUAUAUUUUAUUUAUGUAAAAUUCAGGGUGGUCUUUUCGUGCUCAUCCAAUAACUGUAAAUGUGUAUUCAAUAAGUGAGUCCUUUUCUCCUUCCCUUUAGCUCACUCCCCUCACCCCUUCGUUCCCCCCGAUAAUUACCACCACAAAAAGCAAUUCAGAAUGCCACUAUUUGUUCAGAAGAAAAAAAGACAAAUAAAUGUUAGGGUGACCAUCCAGGCGUGCAUGUUAUUAGCAAAACCAAUGAGUCAGCCUCAUGAAUAUUCAGUUAAUGCUGAGAUGACAGACACAUCAAACAAUCUGAUGUUAGAGCGAAAUGCAUUGUAGUGGUUGUGCUAAUGACAAAGUCUGGAGGAUCACUGCUUUUUCCAUGUCUUGCCUUAUUUAUCUCUUCAUUUUGUCACGUUAUACUUUUGACUUUGUCGCCAUUACCAUAUUCAUGAUGUGGUAAAUAACAAAUGCUUGGUCUCUGUCAAAACCGUAUGUCGUCACUUAUCCUCCUCCUUGAAUAUUCUUCAGCUAAGACUUAGAUUGAAAAUACUGUGUCUACUUAAAACCACCUGCCAUUAAAAAAAACAAAUGGA